AUGAAUAGUCACACUCCUCGGUCUUACCAGAAUUCAGGAGAUUCUGGUUGUUAUUCAAUUUUUGAAAGUACUCCAAAUUCGAAUAUUGAAAAUGAGAGUACUCCAACUUCUGCUGCUGUUUCGAGGAAGAGGAAAGCAUCCUGCUUGGAUAGCUAUAAUGGCAGAAAACUUUCAGAAGUUAUUGAGUUUUGUCCUUCUACCCCACAAUUUUCCAGUACCAUGAAUGAAAGUCUGAUGAUCAAUUUGGAGAACUGCCACCUUCAAAAUGAUGUUAGCACCAUUCAUGAUGAUUUAGAAUCGUUAAAUGUUACCGAAACCAAUCAAUAUGAAGAAGAGGAGAAAAUCUGCCACUUCAAAAAGUUGUUCAAACCCAACAAUAUCAAAAGAAGGUUCUGCUCCGCUCCUAACACUCCCGAGAAGCAAGUCCAGGACAACUUGAAAAAAUCGAACACCAACAGCUUCAUCAAAAACUUUGCGCAAGUGACCGUACACACCCAAUCGCCUCUGAACAAGGAAGCCCUAGACAUAUUAUACCCCGAUUUACCUCCGUUGGAACCGGUGAGGAAGCCUCUUACGCCACAAAAGUUCAGAGACAGCUUCGACAGGAGUCUCGAUAGGAGUGCAACUCCUGCCAAAAAACGUCUCUUUUCGCUGUCGCGGAAGGAACUGUUCAAGAGCAUCGUCUCCAAUAACAUCAUUAUGAAGAAGAUCCUGAGGGAGUUGUCUGAAGGUGAUCUCUACCGAUUGGGGCAAGUUUCGAAGUCUCUGAGAGACGCGAUCUUGUCCGAUAUCGAUGCCUCUGGUAGGUAUUCGGGCUACAUGAAGAUUCAUCACAAUUACAAGGAGAAUUAUAAGAUUACGCCGCCGCCGUCUCCUGAGAAGUCCGAUGAACACUUCGAAAAUAGUUUGAGCUCCAAGAAUUUCGCAUACUUUUACAGUAUCGCCUCUGGAUUGAAUAAAUAUCAGUCUCUCACGAAAUGUCCCCGAUGCAACAAAGCUUCUGUAGUUGAAAAUUACAUUGGGCAGUGUCAAGAUUUGCUCAGAUGUGGUUACAUUUUUUGUAGGAAAUGUGGCAGUUUUGCAAGCAAUCCCAAGGAUUUCAAAGACAUAUGUAAUAAUGCACAAAUUAUGAACAUGCCAAAAGCAAGGUGUCAUUUUAGCGAUUUAAGCAAUUCGUCCAUUACCAGUGAUUAUGUGACUGACACUUCGAGUUCCUUUUUUUCUUCGUCGUUAAAUCUGAAUCUCAUUAACAAAUUCGACACUUCAGGGGUUGCACCUGGAAGUGAAACAUCAACUCCCAAACUUAACGUGAAGAGAAAUUUGUCAAAAUCGUUCAUGUCUCCAUCUGAGGUCAGAAUAAAAGCUUUAUCGUCGAAUAAUAACAGAGUAUUGACACCAUCUCACAAGCUGCAAUGCAGAACAUCACUAUUACCAGUUUUACCGUUCGACAAUGCCAACAAUAAUAACAAUUCCUGUGAUAUUCUUGAGCCUUCUAGUCCUCCCAAAAUCAAACAGCACUCUGUAUGUUCAAAACAAAGCAAGAGGAAUUUGAAGAGAUUGACUAGAUGA